AUGAAACCCACCGACGAGAAGCCGGGUUGGAGCUCCACAGACGAGACACUUCUCCUCAUAAGAGCGCGGACAGCUUGUUUCAACGAGAUUACAAUCUUAUCGUGCCAAUCCAGAGAGACAUCAACCAAAAUUCAGGAGCUCUGUAAGAAGCUUCAGCCGCAGUCUGAGCUGAUAUUCUUGAUGGAUGAAGAUGCAAGUGACAUGGUGCAAUUGACAAAACUCAAGGAGGAAAAGAGUAAGAUUAGUGUUCAACUUCGGAAGGCUUACCAAAAAUUGGGUUCAAUCGAGAAAGCACUGAGUGAGCUGCAAGUCACGGUCCAACCUGGGGAGCCUGGUAGCUAG